UCAAGUUGUUUUUUAGUUCUCAGUCUCUCUCCAAAAUCGCUUGGCUUUUCCAACCCAUAGCAAAUUUGACUUUCAAAAAUCUUCUGCUUUCAAUUUCACGACCUUUUGAGAAAUUGAAGGACAUCCAUCGUGUCUAGGUUUAUAUUUUUCAAUUUUUAGGGUUUCAAUUUUUUGGUUUCAAUGACUAUGAUAGUAGCGUGACUUCGUCGUCGACUGCUCGAUCAGAUCUUACGACCAUAGCAAUGUUGUAAGGCUGGUUUUGAAUCAAACAACACUGUUUCAAUUGGAAUCUAUCAAUGAUCGAUAAUCGAUGGAACUCACGGCACAUGGUUGUACGAUGGGACUCUCCGCCUCUAGGACCACCAUAAUAUUACUCUUCAUCUUCCUCUCCAACUUUUCAUUCACCAUCGCUACCAGAAAGGAUAUCGGCUUCAAAUUCACUCCUCUCUGCAAAAACAUCGUUCGAGACAGAUACCUUCUUUCCGAUAACAAUGGUUAUGUUUGCAAUGCUCUUUCUAUUGAUUCAAAGUCUCGAUGUUGUCCUCAAACCGGGAAGAAAUUCUCUGAAAGGAUUGUUCAUCGUGGCCGUUGGUUUUUUUAUAAUGAUGUGGAUUGUACGGUGUUUGUUUGGAUAUUGAAUUUAUAUGCCCACAAAAUACUGUCAUCAACAUUCUAUUCAAUUUUUGUUUAGAUGUCAUAGGAAUGGUUGUUGAGAUUAGAUACACACAUAUUCACAAUUCUAGCAAAAAGCAGCAGAUAAAUCUGGUCCUCAAGGAUUUGGGGUACGCACCGUUUCAAAUUGCAUCAUUUUUUCACUACUGUUUCUUAAAAUUGUUUCUUACAAACGGUCUUACAAAUGGUCCUCAAGGAUUUGGGGUACGCACUGUUUCAAUUUGCAUCAUUAUUAAUUAAUACCUGUUUUGCUUUUUGUAGAAACAACAUCCUGAAUUGUACUUUGUGGGAAAAUUAUGAUGUCCAAUUUCAUGAUUUCAGUAGUUCAAGAAAAGAUUUCAAAUCACCAACAGUAGUUGUUUUGCAGUUUGCUAAAAUCAAAGAGGAAGGUAUAUGCUUUUUACUUUUUCAAAGGUUUCUCAUUAGUUGACAUUUUUUAAUUCUCAAUCCCCAUUAAUAUAUGGCCACUGCAUGUUUUGGGUUGACAGUAUCCAAGCAACGAUACCGUUUUUUUCGUCAACGACACUUUUUUGGUAUGACUUAGGUUUCAUAGCCUAUUUAUUAAUUUUCCCUUUUAAGUUUUUGCAUAGGGAUGAGGAUGUUGAUGUUUAAACUGUGUUAUGCUUGCUACAUGUGUUUUGGAAUCAUUUUGUCAAUGGCCUUCUUGGAUGUAGGUGAUAUAUUUCAAUUAGCAACCAAGUAUUCACUCUUUGAUGUAACUCAAAGUUAUAUGUUUCGUUUAAUCCAAGUAGCAAUUCUGUUAUGAUAUUCUGUUGUAAAUAGCACAUGUUCAAAUCAUUUUAUCCCUAUAAUUAUGGAAUUUGGUUGCACAAUCUUUAUUAUUAACCUCUGUCAUGUGUGUUUUAAGCCAAACUUCAAUUCGAUUUUAUACAGGUAAGUUGAAGAGAUAGAAAACUUGCUCCGAUGACGGUAAAGUUGUAACAAAAGGAAUGUGUUGGUAAUAGUUGAAGCAGGAUGGUAAAAUACACAUCUGCGAUAUCAUACUUGGAAGUGUAAUUAUGCUGCCACUUGAUCUGACGAUCAGAAAGAUGCACUUGCAAAAUCACGUAAAAUGAAACAGUCCAAAUUUUGUUCAUGUUGUUAAAGAAGUUGAUUUGUAUAAGUUUGAUCCAUGGCAGCCUUGGAGCAAAGUCUUGCAGAGCUGGGGAUAUAUGAGAUCAGGAGAAAAUAAAUAUGCACAUACAUUCUUCUAAAUUUACAUUCAUUUAUGAUAAUUAUAUGUUUCAUAUUUGUAGAGACACCCGUGCUGCAGUCUUGGAGCAAAGUCUAAGAAAGUUAGGUGUUGAGAGGUUGAGUAACGAGGAUGUUCAAAAAAUGCAAUGAGAGGUUUUGGAGGCAAAGAUUGGAAACUGGAUUCAUCUCAUGAGGAUUUCUGUAAAUCUGUUAUCAAAGAUAGAGGGACUUGGCAGUGCUUUCUGUUACUAGAUUUAAAAUCUCUUAUCAAAGAUAGAGGGGCUGUGUAGUGCUUUCCCUUACCCGAUUUAUAUAUCGUUAUGUCUUUCCCUUACCCGAAUAGGAAUCAGACAGAGGAGCAGCUUAUGUUGUAGUUGAGAUUCCUAGCAAUUAGACAGAGUACAAUACAAACCAGAAGCAGAAGAAACUCGAGUCUCUCACUGGAUCUGAGAUUGGAAAAGCUGAAGUAAAACAUGGCCAAGGGCACUGUAAACUUUGUGAUACUAAAAUUUCUUGUAGAACUGCAGUAGGAGGUCUAUGGUAUACAGACCUGCAAUGCUCUCUAUGGUGGCCAUAGCAGCAGUUUGGACAAGUUAAGGUUUCAUUGAUUCAGCUAAUAAAACCUGAUAGGUCAAGUAUGGAUGUGUUCAUAAACUAAAUGACAGAGAUUUAGGACUGGUUCUUUUCUUUUGUAUUGGGUAAUUUAAGUAUAAUAUUUGAAUGGAAUAUUCAUUAGUAUUCAUUGAAAAGUGGUUAUUAGUGCUUGAAAGAAAUAUCUCAUGCUUAUCAAAAAAAAAAAAAGAAACGAAUAUGCAAGUCAUAAAUAAUGUAGCCUUUAACAAUCUCUGUGUCCUAAGUGUAUGGUUUUCUAGCUCUAGAUUGAAAUUAAGUUCUAUGAGCAGUGAGUGUUGAAGCAUGGUGAUGAGGAACACAGCAGCAGCAAAACU